GUUGGGCUCGUUUGCCUAUGAUGACUAUGGGAUCACAGUGAACGGAAUCCCUCGAGCAUCCUCGGAACUCCUGCAAAGAGUGUUCCUUCAAGGUCCCUCGAGAGUCACUCAUCAUAAACCCAACAAGCGAUGGGUCACGGCCCAGCUGCAGCACUUCGGGCUCGAAUUCCGACCAGCGGAUACUACUACCCAGCUGAGAUCAAUUCUGGAGAUUGCGUACAAGAAUGGCCAGGUAGGCGAGGACCUCUUUCGACUCGGAGCAUACUCUCGAAGACUGACCUGCUAGUGCAAUUGUCUUGCACCAGCCACGAUCUCCAUGGAAAAGACACUGUCUGGCAUGUAUAAGAAAAUGCAAGACAACUACGAAGCCCAAAAGCAACACUGGCGAAUGACUAGGUUUGCUGAACUGGAUUCUCCUUCCGAGGAAGCCCUGUUUGAUGCUUCUCUGUUCAUGGCCAAGUACUUCCUGACCGAAGAGAAUGGCGUUCCCGACAAGGAGAAGCAGAAGGAGGCCCUGAUACUGCAGAAUGUAUUUGGAUGUCAGUUCGAGAACGCCACCAAGAACGUUCCUGGCCUUUCCGUGUGCAUCUCAUCCAUGGUGACAGUCGUGGGCUGGGAAGACACCUUCUCCCGUGGAAUGGACGCCGGUUUUGCAAAGCUAGCUGAGAUCCAGUCUCCGGCCUUGAGGAGCACUUUCGAAGCUAACUUGGACCUGGGUCGUUUUAUGGCCAAAUACUUCCUGGAUGGAAAUGGGGACCCCGAUGUGAAGAAAAACCCGGAUCCCAUCAGGCUCAUGCCGAAGUUUGAGGAAAGGCUAUACGAGCCUCUUGCUGCCGCUGUCUUGCAGACUCCGGGUCUUUAUCUCCGUGGAACCAUUGACGACGGCGGCGUCUGGUCAUUCCUAGGUUGGGACAUCCAGAAGAUCCUGCGCCAAGUGGAAGAAAUCGAUCAAGCGGGCGAGAGUGAAAGAGAACUGGAUGAAACCUUGUUGACCGCGGUGUGGGACGCGAAGCUGGAGCGGCAUGUUCGGUAUCUGGAACGCCAUGUUGCGCCAACCAGCCCGCUGAGAGUCGCUGAUCUCCAAGGCCAAUACAUUGUUCGUUGCGAGGCCAUCGAUCCCUGGGGACAUGAAGACCUGUGGCUGGCGAUCCAUCGGAAGCACCCCAGGGACCCCGGCACCAACGGGGGGUUCUUCCUGGGUCAGUUCAAAGGCACUAUGCUAUUGGCAUCGUCCUGCGAUGGGCUGGACCGGACGCGCGAGGUAUUCGAAUCCAAGUGGGAGAAGAAGCGAUUCUAUCCGAGCAAUCCGGAUCGGAAGAACCGAGAGCCCUCGACGAUUCGGCGGUUUGAAGACUCGGCCAAAGCCACGCGUGUUUACUUCCAGUGGGCCGGAACUGCCACCAAAUACAACUACGUCGACGACAAGAACCUGCAGAUUGGCUACCUGGACUUUGCCGACUCCAUGGCCGAGGCUCAUGGCGUAAUCAUGGGCCCGGCAUUCGAAGGCAGGAGCUACCCUUGGUCGGUCUAUAAACACUGCGACACCACCGGAGACUGGGCCAGUCCAUGGACCAGCUUCGAUUACUGGGCUGGCUAUGAAGGGCGCGGCAGGCACGGCGAGAUGGCCAUGUCUUGUGACUACGUCCUCUGACGAGCCCAUCUUCCCACUGUCUCGAUGCAUGUCUCGAUUUCCUCCCUACGCUGCUUU